AUGGUCCAAAGAGGUAUUCGUGGCAAAAAGAAGAACCGUGAUCCGAACUUUCAGAAGAAGGGGGUCAGCCAAAAUUAUGUGCUAACAGAGCUGGAUAAAACCAACGAUGUAUUAUUUGAUUAUUACAAGAGGCAAGGAUUGAUCGCAGAGGAAGAAUGGGAUUCAUUUGUGAAUUGUCUAAGAGAGGAACUGCCUACGUGCUUCCGAAUGCAGGGUUGUAAUAAAGAAGCUGAAACGUUAAUUUCAUUAAUGAAUGAACGCUAUUUUGGUGCAAUGCGUUCGUGUGGCAGCCCAGACGUGCAUGUUCCCGAACAGCUGCCGUGGUACCCGUUCGCAUAUCAAACAAAAAUGUCACGAACAGCAGUUCGAAGUCAACCGCUACUGAAGAAUUUUCACAACUUUUUAGUCACUGAAGCUGAAUUAGGAAAUAUAAGUCGCCAAGAAGCAGUGAGCAUGAUUCCUCCGUUGCUAUUGGAUAUCAAAGGUCACCAUAAAGUGUUGGAUGCAUGUGCUGCUCCAGGGAGUAAAACGAUGCAAAUCAUCGAGAUGAUGCACGCUGAUAGCGAAAUGCCUACUGGUUUGGUUGUGGCCAAUGAUGUUGACAAUUCAAGAUGCUAUUUGUUGGUACGGCAAGCACUCAAGCGAAUGCCCACACCGAACUGUGUGGUUAUUAACGAAGAUGCGGCGCACAUGCCAGCAUUCGUUUGCAAUAAGGAUAAACCAGAGGCGCUUCUUUUUGAUCGUGUACUGUGCGAUGUGAUUUGCAGUGGUGAUGGAACCUUCAGAAAAAAUCCGGAAAUGUGGCGUUCAUGGACUCCACAGAAGGCAAUCGGUCUUCACAAACUGCAGUUAAAUAUAGCUCGACGAUGUGUGCAGUUACUUGCUGAUGACGGAUUGUUGGUCUAUUCAACGUGUUCGUUGAAUCCGAUUGAAGACGAAGCGAUCGUUGCCGAGUUGUUACGAUAUGGCAAUGGUGCUAUUGAAUUAGUUGACGUAUCUGAUCGUCUUGCUCAACUCAAACGUUAUUCGGGUGUUUCAUCUUGGAAGAACAUUCUAAUUCAUUGCAAGGUAUUCGACAGAGAUCUGAACGAAUAUAAGAGUUUCAAUGAGGUUGAUGAUAAGCUGAAGAGAGCGAUUGUCACGUCAAUGUUCCCACCAACUGAGCACGAAAAAGAAAACUUUCAUUUAGAUCGAUGUCUACGUGUUUUACCCCAUCUUCAAAAUACGGGAGGUUUCUUCGUGGCUGUAUUACGUAAGACUGGACCUCUUCGUAUCGAUACAUCUACGCGAUUCUCAGGGUUAACACUGUUUCUUAGUGCAACACCACCGAUAACGAAACGACGUAAAACAUUCAAAGAGGAUCCAUUCGUGUUCCUUACAACCGACGAUUCGCGAUGGAAAGAUAUCGCGUUCGUUUACAUUCGCGUCUUCGUUGUUAUUUAUGGCCAGCAUGCACUUAUCGAUAUUUUAUGUCGAAUCCAUCGAACAACGGAACCAGUUUGCAGAAAUUAUUAUGGAAUUUCGGAGACAUUCUCGUACCAGAACCUUCUGGGACGAACCAAUGAAGUGGACAAAAAGCGAACUCUGUAUUACGUGAAUGAUGCAGUCAAAGAUUUCCUCGAAUGUAACCAAGAAAAAGUAAAAUUCAUUAAUGCGGGUCUUCGUAUGUUCGGUCGUGUGGAAACGAAAUUUGAACAAUGUAGAUUUCGUAUGUCACAAGAUGGUGUGAACCUUAUACUACCCUUCUUGAGCAAGCGUGUUGUUGGAGUUGAAGUGGCUGAUCUGUUGAAAAUAUUACUUUCGUGUGAGGGCAACGAGAUUCAUCCACGUGAAGAACUGCAGUGUAAUUCAAAACUGGAUGGCAUCAGUUCGGGUAGUGUGAUUCUGGUGAUAGAAUGUAACGGGUAUGAAUUUAGUCAUAUUGUUAUGCAUAACUUGAAAGCAUUUUAUGGUGUUUGGUUUAUUGUUGUCGGUUGUGGUGCAGUCUUUUCUGUCUACCACAAUUCUUAUUUUAGUGUUAAGCGAGCAAUUUGUACGUGGAUGGGUGCUAAAACAAUUGCUCCAUAUGUCAGUAAAGAGGAACGUAUUCAUUUAUGUAGAAUGCUGGGCUACGACACAUCCGAUAUGGAGAAUGCGUUCUGGUCAAAGCGUCAGUCUAAAGCAAUGCGAGGUCGAGAAUUGGCGAUGGAACGCAAAAACAACGCUCAAAGGAACAGUGCUGAAACGGUUGUUGCCGGAAUAAAGAAAACUGAUGAAGACUGUGAAGGGAACGGUUCAGGAGCGGAAAAAACAAGUAACGAUAGCCAGGAACAGUGA